CUAUCUCGCAAUCUAAAGUAUCCGUGAUAUAAGCAAAAACUUUUUCAUCUGGCAAAAUCAUGGAUGAUAGCGAGACCAAAGCAGCAGCACUGGAAGAGCCAGCUGCGCCCGCGGUGAACGGCGUAAUUACCAGCGCAAUCGAUCUGUCACAUCACCUCAACUUGUCAUCCCGAUCCCGCCACCCAAGUCCCUUAAAAGAGAUUAUUAAGUACAUGGCAUAUGACGGCAUGGUUAGUUUAGCUGGAGGUUUACCACACCCAUCGCUAUUUCCUAUACACAAUGCAUCAUUUUCCGUUUCGGCGCCAAAUCCUAAGGAAGGCAACAUUGAGCUCCAAAUAUCGAAUAACCCAACUUCAACACCGCCUUUGUCCAAGUUUUUACAAUAUGGAAAUUGCACAGGCAAUGCUGAACUGAGGCAAUGGUGUCUUGAAUUUACACAACAAAUUCAUCGCCCUGCUUACAAGGACUAUGAUGUCUUGCUUCAUCCUGGUAACACCAACGCAUGGUGUAAGGUUGUGGGGUUACUUUGUGAGAAGGGCGAUUAUAUCCUUUGCGAAAGCUAUACCUAUCCUUCUGCGCAGGCAUUGUGGAUUCCAAAUGAGAAUUUCGCUGCCCCAAUUGCCAUGGAUGGAGAAGGAAUCAUGAAUAAAUCACUUGAAGAGACACUUGAAAGUUGGGAUUCAACCCACCCUGGAGUGAAUAGACCGCAUGUCUUGUACCUAGUCAGUGUUGGGUCGAACCCAACGGGUGUCUCCAUGAGCGCAGAAAGGCGGAAGCAGGUAUAUAAUAUCUGCGUUAGAUACGACGUAAUCAUCGUUGAAGAUGACCCUUACUUCUUCCUACAAUAUCCCGAAUUUGACCUUUCAGCUACCAGUACCGAGUACAAGGCGGCGUCCAACGAUGAAUAUCUUUCCUCACUUAUUCCAUCAUUCCUGCAUGUCGACUAUCAAGGCCGGGUCAUCAGACUAGAAUCCUUUAGCAAGACCCUGGCGCCAGGUCUGAGAUUGGGCUAUUUCGUGGCCAAUCCUCUCUUCACCGAACGUCUGCUUCGAGCUACCGAAGUCGAGACGCAGGAUCCUUCCGGGGUCUCGCAGGCGCUAGUACUAUCCCUGCUCGCAUCUUGGACUACGAGUGGUUACAUCACCUGGUUGCAGAAUCUGAGGUUGGAAUACCAGAGACGGCGCGACUGGAUGACCGCUGCUAUCAAAGAACUUUUUGACCUUUCACCUGCGUCUCAAUUCCCUGAACUACGUGCUGAGGGUCUUGUAGCAGCGAUCGAGGGAUCUGCAGGAACGAGAACACCAAUAUUCAGUUUCAUUCCACCAACCGGUGGUAUGUUUUUGUGGACUAAAUUCUAUUUUGCCCAGAAUGGCAAAUACCAGGUAAUCAAGAAUUCGAAGCAAGAGAUUGAUCCAGAGCAGGCAUUUGCGAAUAAGUUGUGGAGUGAGCUAGCAGAAGAAAAAGUGCUGCUAACUCCUGGCUACUACUAUCACCCAUGGCAAGGCGCCCAGAAGACCAGCACAUCUGCAAGAGGUGCUGAUCCCGAUACAUCGCAUUUCCGAUUGACAUUUGCAAUGACUACUAAAGAAGAUAUGGAGCUUGGUAUUGAGCGUCUGGCCAAAGUGGUCCGGAGGUCCUGGUCCUCAUGAGGGACCGCCAUAAGUCAGUGGAGAACAUUACACUGAGAAGUGGAAACAAAAGGAAGAAAAGAAAAUACAAACACAACCACCGAAGUUCUGGCACCUGACUACGAAGCUAUAUUAGGCAAGAGGUUACCUGGCGAUAGUUCACUGCUACCACUAUGUAUGACGAGCAAAAGUCACGAAAUAAGAGAAGCAGACCUAGGCGGAAAAUUUUGGAUUUGAUAGGCCAAAUCUAUGCACACGCUGUGGGCAUUCGUCUAUAUGAUACAGUAUCGUUGAAUUAUUUACAUGGAA